AUGGAAAAAAAACAAGACAAAAAAAAGAAAAGAAAAAGGGAAAAGGAGAAGGAAAAGGAGACUAGUUAUUUCUCGCACACUAUUACAUAUUGUGGAACGUUAAUGCGAGAUUCAAUGGUAUGCGCAGCGGAAGUUAUACAAAACAACUACUACCCUAUUAAAGAGUCUAUAUUAAACAUAUAUGAUAGUUAUUUUUGUGAAACUACGCAACAAUGUAGUAGUAGAGUAAAUGGUAACGUUCCUUUUUUUACGAUUAAGCCGAAUAAUCAUUGA